AUGUCUGAAGCAGAGAAUCCCAACACCCUCAAGGGUGCCACUGCUCUAGAAGCCGUGAUACCACCACAGGCUUCAUCAUUGCGCUCAUUCACCAUCUAUCGUCAACCUCAAGUCAGAGCUGUGACUGAACAGCCUUCUCCCUGCCCUUCAGUCCUUUCAUCGCAACCUUUGAACUUGUACACGGAAACCUGGACGCCGUCGGGCCCGUGUAUGCCUCCCAAUCCUCCUUCGCCGCCGCGGUCUGCUCAAGCGAUCCUGGCAAGCAACUGGCACCCCCACAACAUCGAGGCCAAUGAACCAUUUCCAGCCUUGGUCGACCCAGCCAACGAUCUAAUCAAUGCCCGCACGCAGCUGCUCGACUCUCUACGUCGUCGGUCAGUGACUUACUCUCAGUCCCAUCCGGGCAACCUCAGACAGCACUUGGACUCGCUGGUCUCUCGCAUGGACCCGCACACAGGCCACAUCAAGGCUGACGAAGACUUGACGCGCAGCAAGGCUGACUUGUUAUCUAUCAUGGCUACUAGCGAAGCAUUACGGGAGCAGCGCCGACUGGGCAACGCGGGAAAAGUAUUCCAGGUCCGGUUCCUUGACACGGCUGACGCCUUUAACGACAACAACAAAAAGAUUUCGACGACCAAGUCCCCGUCGCUGCACAAGGAUGCCGAGCCAAAGGAGUUCCUGCGGCAUAACCUGAGGAUGAGAGCGAGACAGGGCAUCGAGACGGCAAUGAAGUACGAACAAGAAUCCGGCAUUGGCUUCCUCCGUCGGCAACAGGCGUCAGACGAUCCAAGAACAGAUGCGACAGGCGGUACGAGUAGAGGGGAAUCCAGGACCAGAGAGCCUCGUCGACCGCCUGGGGUGACCAGAGAGGAAGUCGCCCUGUCUUUGUCGAUGCUGAAGGAGAGUUUUCCACAGUACUACAAUGAUGAUGGUCACGUAUUAUCGAGUGGACAAAACGCCAAUGGCGGCGGCACUGGGAAGUCGAGCAGCACGAGACCAAAGCUGAAGGCGUCUGCUGCAGCACACCACGUCGACGGGCUUAGUAGUCGAGAAGGUACGUCUCGUUCUUCGCGAUCAGUUGAGCGUUUGCCGGCUCCACCGCCAACCUCAGAGACAAUGACGCGUCCGGUAUCCUUUGAAGGGCAACAGUACGCUUCACUGCGGAUCGUCGAGCCCACAACACGGAGCAGAUCGACCGGGGUCCAGGGGAGCAAGACUCCGCCUGGUCGAUCGUCGGUGACUACCCACUAUCAGCCGGUAAGUACUACUCCCCCCACUACCACUACCGCGACCACUGCUCUCUCUGAGGAGUCUGCUCAAUAUCAAUACCCUGGUGUUGAGCCACGGAGCACAUGCACCACCCAACCGCCAAACUUACAGGGCGGUGAGCAUACAUACGGUAAUCGUACUCACAUGCAUGCUCGCACACGGGCGUCCACACCUGGCGUGCCCAAGAUGUCAAAGGUCCGUACGGCGUUGAAGAAGAUCUCGUCGAUGCUCAAGGCUUUCGUACAAGGGGUCGGACUUUUGCCGUCGCCCACGAAGUCUACGGUUCCCAAGAAAGAUAGACAGCGACAGCGACAUCGACAGACCCCUGACGCCGCGUCGGACUCGUCGUACGACAAUAACGCACUGAGGAGUCGCGGCAUUCGACCUGUCGACGUGCAAGGGCAAGGGGAGGGAGUCACAGGUAGGAGGAGGAGGAGGAGGCCUCUUCUUCAGUCCACGUCGCGCUUGGAUGUUUCUUCUACGGUUGCUUCGACAAGUCGGGAGGCGUCUCGAUAUUACUCUGACGCUUCUUCGUCGCAGUGGAUCAUGAGCGCGAAUCGAACGAGUUCCGCCGACGAAGAUGACGACGAACAAUCCGUGAGACAAGGGAGAGUUGGCACCACCCGACGAUCUACACCGCGGAAGUUGCAGAAGAGUCGAAAAGCAAGAGUAAGUAAGGAUUGA